AUGGGUCUUCUGAGUUCUAAGAACUCCAAAAUCAAGCAAGCCCACGUUCUUCUUCUGGGACUUGAUUCAGCCGGGAAGUCUACUCUCCUUUACAAACUAAAGCUUGCUAAGGAUAUUACGACCAUGCCAACAAUAGGUUUCAAUGUGGAGAUGAUCGAAUUGGAAAGCAGCCUUUUGCUCACAGUCUGGGAUGUUGGAGGACAGGAAAAAAUGAGAACUGUUUGGAGCUAUUAUUUUGAGAACGCUGAUGGGCUGGUGUAUGUUGUGGACAGCACAGAUCAACAACGACUGGAAGUCUCACGGAAAGAGUUUGAGCACAUUUUGAAGAAUGAACAUAUUAAAAAUGUGCCUGUUGUCCUAUUAGCCAACAAACAAGAUGUGCCUGGAGCUCUGACUGCGGAGGACAUUACCAGAAUAUUCAAAGUGAAGAAGCUCUGCAGUGACCGGAACUGGUAUGUGCAACCCUGCUGUGCCCUCACAGGCGAUGGGCUGAUAGAAGGAUUCAGGAAAUUAACUGGAUUCGUGAAAAGUCACAUAAAAUCAAGAGGAGACACUUUAGCAUUCUUCAAGCAAAAAUGA